CGCCUAUUUGGGUAUUCAAUUUGCAACUCUAUUCAUCGUGGCUUCACAAUGGCUAAAUUUCUGUUCGCGACGCGCUCAUCUGAAUGACUUUGGUCGGCGGUGGAUUGCGAUUUUUCUGAGGUGGUUCACGAAGGGCGCUGUUGCCUGCAGGGGGCUAUGACCCGCUUUAUCCGAGUUUUCGUAGCUGUGAUUGGUCGCAUGCUCAGGUGUCAGCAGCCAACCGGACCCUCGCGAAGAGCGGAAGAAACGCGCGACUCUCCAUCCCUCGCUCGCCUUCUGAUCUUGCCUCGCUCGACUGGCCUCAACCUUGACCCGCGCAAUCCUUGUUCGCCAUUUUCCCCUGGUCGGACUUCGCGACUUUAUCGAUUCCUGGCCAGUCUUGCCUAUGGCAUAGUUUCCUUUUGGUCUGCGAGCCUUCCGUUGCUACUCCUGCUUUCCGCUUUCCGCUUUCCGCCCCAAAACCUGGAUCACGCCCUGUACGGGUUUGCCUGGGUAGCAUCUCUGUGUGCGCUCCUUCGACCGAGUUUGUCCUUAUAGUUGCACUUUUUGGGGAUCGUCAACUCAAUUCUGCUAGCGACAAGGCAGAUGCUCGCAUUGUGAUCGACUGGACUGGAAUCACCUCUCGCUGCUUGUAUCCUUGAUGCU